CCAGGACAAGAUGGUUGCAUAAAAAAAAAGGGAGGGGGGGGGAAAGAAAAAAAAAAGCUCCUGAAGGAGGUUUGUUGUUGUUGUUGGUGGUGGGGGUGAAAGAAACUUUGAAAAGGAAACCCCAAAAUCUCUCCACCCUGAGAAUUUGGUGUCCUGUGACUGACUGACUGCCUGUCGUCUGAUUAAAAACUGAAGAGGAAGGCUUCUCCACGCCUGCUGAGAUGUCUGCUUUGGAAGUGCAGAGGAGCCAACCCGUCGCCGUGUCCUAAGUUUAAAAGCGGUACUUUGCCUUUGGUUGAUCUGGCGAAAGAGGUUUCUCUUUUUAUUUACCCACCCGCCCAAAAUUAAAAGUCGACCCGCGCUGGCACGAUGGCCACGGACCCAGGAGAGCCAGCCGGCCCAGGGGAUUCCCGAAAACUGGGGCGGGUGCCCUCCGGCUCCAGCCAGGGCCCGGCCGGCAAUGAGCCCGGCUCGAUCGCGGCGCCCGGCCAGGCGGAGAAGGCCGGCGGCGGCGGCAGCCCCCCGGCCCUCCUGCGGCCCGGCAGGAGCGCCGAGAACCACCGCUUUGUGCGGCGCAGCGUGGAGGUGAUCGACCGGCAGCCCAGCGCCGAGAGCCAGGUCUGCCCGGAGGGCCGGAGCGAGCCCAGGGCCGCCCAGGAAGGGGGAAAGGACGCAGCCAAGGAGAGGACUGAGAAGGAGAACGAGGAGGAGGCCGAGAUGAAGGCGGUCGCCACCUCUCCGGGAGGCCGGUUCUUGAAGUUUGAUAUCGAGCUUGGCCGAGGAGCCUUUAAGACCGUGUAUAAAGGGCUGGAUACUGAGACAUGGGUGGAAGUUGCUUGGUGCGAACUGCAGGACAGGAAGCUCACCAAAGCCGAGCAGCAGAGAUUCAAAGAGGAGGCCGAAAUGCUGAAGGGCUUGCAGCAUCCCAAUAUCGUGCGGUUUUAUGACUCCUGGGAGUCGACCUUAAAAGGGAAGAAAUGCAUUGUGCUGGUCACAGAGCUGAUGACGUCGGGGACCCUAAAGACAUACUUGAAGCGGUUCAAAGUGAUGAAGCCGAAGGUUUUGCGGAGCUGGUGCAGGCAGAUCCUGAAGGGCUUGCAGUUUCUUCACACCCGUACCCCGCCGAUUGUUCACCGGGAUCUGAAGUGUGACAACAUCUUCAUCACGGGACCCACUGGAUCUGUCAAAAUUGGGGAUCUGGGCCUCGCCACCUUAAUGCGCACAUCUUUUGCUAAAAGUGUUAUAGGCACUCCAGAAUUCAUGGCUCCAGAAAUGUACGAAGAGCAUUAUGACGAAUCAGUUGAUGUUUAUGCCUUUGGAAUGUGCAUGCUGGAGAUGGCUACCUCAGAAUACCCUUACUCGGAGUGCCAGAACGCUGCCCAGAUAUAUCGCAAAGUAACCAGCGGCAUUAAACCAGCGAGCUUCAACAAGGUCAGUGAUCCGGAAAUCAAAGAAAUUAUUGAAGGAUGCAUUCGGCAGAACAAAACUGAAAGGUUAGUAAUAAAGGACCUCCUGAGCUACGCAUUUUUCGCAGAGGACACAGGCCUGCGGAUUGAGCUGGCCAAGGAGGACAGCGGGCAGGACACCUCGCUCGCUCUGCGGAUCUGGGUGGAAGACCCCAAGAAGCUGAAAGGGAAGCACAAGGACAACGAGGCGAUCGAGUUCAGCUUCGACCUGGAGCACGACACCCCUGAAGAAGUGGCACAGGAGAUGGUCAAGUCCGGGUUUUUCCACGAGAAUGACUCCAAGCUGCUGGCCAAGUCCAUCCGAGACCGGGUGUCUUUCAUCAAGAGGAAGAGGCAGCGGACACAGCAGAUCCGAGAGAUGGAGGAGCGCCGCGGGCAGGAGGAGCAGGAGAAACUCCGGUCGCAGAUGGAGCAGAUGCAGCCCCAGACCGCUGUGGCGCCUCUGUCCGCCACAGGCUGGCAGCCUAGCCCGGCGGAGUCCGAGUAUCCCGAGGUCGACCAGCACGUCCUGCAGAAUAAGCUCCUCACGGGAACCGUUUCACUGGACGGUGUUCCCGACAACAGCCCGGGUCCCCCCGCCGUCUGUUCCGAUUCUCAGGGCGGAGUGGGUUAUACCGUCGCUUUGGAGCAGAACGUGGGCGUGCAGCAUAUUUCCUCUGGCUCGAGCGUGGAGUCUCAUCACCUGUCCGUGGGACUUCAGCAGGCGCAGCAGCAGGCGCAGGUUGUGGCUGGCUAUCCACAAUCAGUCGGGACUUCGAGCGGACAACCAGCCGGCCUCCAUCGUCACGGCAGCGACGUACGUCCCCCUGUGCCGCCGUCCUCUCAGACCCCGCCUGUCGUCUCCCAGUACAACCCUGCUGGAAUGGGGGCCUCCCCCUGCACCUCCGCAGCGGCCCUGCCGCCGCAGCCCCUGCCGACGGUGUCGCCGCAGGCCCGGAUGUCGGCCGCACCUGCCAACGCCGCCACCGCGAUGGACGCCAGCUCGCAGCCAGUGAGUAACUCUGCCGCCGUCUCCCAAACUCGCCACCCGAUGCCAUCGGUGCAGCAGCAGCAGCAACAGACUUUUCUGCCGGACACCGUGCAGCAGCUGCAACCGCUGGCGCAGCAGCAGCCGCAGAUCCAGGCCGCUUUGCAGCAGCAGCACCCCUCGGAGCAACAGCCGCCCCAGGGUCAACAGCUGCUCUUCAGUGUGCAGCAGCUCCGCCGUCCAGUGUACGUCCAGAGCCCAGCGCAGCAGCCGACGCAGCAGCCAGCGCUCCAACCGGCGCUGCAGCUGACUUUCCAGCACCAACCGGGCCCCGCACAGGAGACGCUUCCAACGACGCCUCAGACCUCGGCACAGACUCAGCAGCCCGCCCCGCAGUAUCAGCAGACCGCCCAGGCCCCGGCGGAGCUCUACCAGCACCCAGCACAGGUCCAGGCCCUACCCCAGCAGUAUCAACGGGCCGAGCAGUGCUUCCAGCCUUCUCAGGCCCACGGCCAGCUUCACGCAUAUCAGCAGCCUCCCGGGGCCCAGAGGUUUCCAAGUCCCGGCCUAGCCCAGCAGUGUCAGCAGCAGGCCCAGGCUCAGGCCCUGCAGUAUCGGCGGCAAGCCCAGGCCCAGCAGUAUCAGGCUCAAACCCAGCAGUUAGGCCAGGCCCAGGCUCAGUACCAGCAGUCUCCACAAGCCCAAGCCCAGGCCCAGCAGGUGCGUCAGCCUCGUGCCCCGUAUCAGCAGCCAGCACAGGGUCCCAGUCAGGUUCAGCCGUACCAACAGCUGUUGCAGGCCCAGUUCCAGCCCGCCGUAGCUCCCCCUCAGCAUUACCAAGCACAUGUCCAGGCCCAGACCCAUUCUCAACCUGAGCAGUACCAAUUGGCCCCUCAGGCCCACAUACAACAACAACAGCAGCAGCAGCAACAACCCGUGCAGCCUCAGGUGAUUAAUCUCCAGCAGCAGCAGCAGCUUCCGCUGUUUCAGACCGCCGUGCAACUGGCUUUACUCAACACACCACCCGCUCAGCAGCUCGGACAAUUCCAUGCACCCGUGCAGCAGCAACAGCAUCCUGUGUCCUCCCAGGCUCAGCCGCAGCAGUUGGCGGCCGGUGUGCAGCUUUUGCCAGCCCUUCAGAUGCCAGUGCCAACGACGCAUUUCCCUCCGGCGCAGCAGACUGCUUACCCCCAGGAGCCCCAGGGUCAGCCACCACAAGAGGGCCCCACCACACUGCAGGCACAUGUGGAUGUAGAGGCGCAGUCAACGUCACAUCAGGUGACUCCUGAAUCCCAGCGAUCAGCAAGACAUGUUCAGGAUUCUCUCAGUGCGGCUCCUGAUGCAAUUAAAGAGGGGGCCAAUGGAAGCGAUGUUGGGAAUGGGAAGUUGGAGAAGGCCCAGAAAUCUCAGCCAAAGAGGACAUCGUGCGCACGGGACCGGCUGGAUAAGUCGACCAAAUUCCAACUGACUGUUCUGCAGGUUUCGAAUGUGGGCGACAAUAUGGUGGAGUGUCAGCUGGAGACGCACAACAACAAAAUGGUGACCUUCAAAUUUGAUGUGGACGGCGAUGACCCAGAAGACAUAGCAAUUUAUAUGGUGGAAAGUAAUUUUAUGCUGGAAAUUCAGAAGAUGAAAUUUAUUGAAGAAAUGAGAGCGAUUAUUGCAAGUUCCCAAGAAAUCCUGACCAAUUCAUUGGAGGGCGAUCGGGGUGCAGACGUUACCGCCCAUCACCCCCCCGCAGACCCGAGCCAGGCCGACAGCAGCAGCAGUGUGCACAUAGGUGCAGAGCAGUUACAGAUGAGCCAAGCAAUCUCUCAGACAUGUGGUGAAGGCGUCCAGCACUCCUCCUCCGUUGGCCGCUGGCGAUUCUUCAUCAACCAGAAGAUAAAGAGCCGCGAGGGAGAUGGGCAGACGGACCCGCCAGCACAGGGUCCACAGCCCCAGCCCGAGGCUGAUGCGGAUAACCUCAGCCAAGAAAUGAUCCAUUUGACAACCUCAAACUCUUUGGAAGACAUAAAGCAAAUCCCAUUGGACGGUUCAGCCGCCGUUCCAACGCAGCCUGACCAGCCGGCAACACACCCCAGCAGGCUGGCGUCCUGUAGCUCCUCGUCCUCGUCCUCCUGCUGCGAUGACUGCACGCCGACUGACCGAAGCGGGACCUCUCAUCCGCCGGCAACCCUCGAACUCCGACAGGUCGCCCGCCCCCCGCCGCCCGAGGCGGACCCCCCACCUGAGGGGCCGGGGGCUUCCGAUCCGCUGCCGGCCCCCCAGCUGGAGGGGCUGGCCCCCGCCGCCUCAGCUGCCAGCCUCCAGCAGCUGGGCUCCUUGGCGCAGUCCCCCCAGCAGAGCGCCACCCAGCCCUCGUCCGUGCCCGAGUCGGACAGCGAGAGGCCGCCGAAGGUCGACUUCGCCGACAACCGCAUCAAGACCCUGGACGAGAAGCUCCGCACGCUGCUGUACCAGGGUCAGGCCGCCGAGACCCCACAGGAGCCCACGGCGAUCCCGGGCGCCGAGUCGCCCCGCUCGGCCUCCUCCAACGAAACCGCGGCGGCCUGCGCCGCUGGAGAGCCCCCGGACCCCGCUGCCGCGGCGGACCCCGCCACGCCCUCGCCCCAGCCAGCACCCCUGGAACCUGCGGCGUCGACAGAGCACGUCGCUCACUGCUCCCCCUGCGAGCCGGCGUCACCCCCGUCCACGACCACGGAAGCCGUCCAGGAGGCAGGCGCCACGCUUGCCGCGUGCUUGCCCACUGACCAGGUGGAAAAGCAACCCUUACAGCAACUGGAGAAAAGCAUCUCGGAGCCGUCAGACACUGGGACCCAGGCCUCUCAGCCGCAAGUUGGAAUAACUCAGCACCAGACUGGAGGUGGAUAUCAUGGCCUAACUUAUUCUAGUCAUAAUGCAAGCUCAAAUGUCAAAAAUGCUAUGGGUAGAAAGUCCUGGACAAUCAAAGUGAAAAGAUGGGCCGAAAAGUUAUUGCACCCGGCCGCCUUAUUCGAGAGAUCGUCUGCCCGUAAAGCCGGAGACAGUCGGAGCACCAGGGGAGGAAUCGAUCCAUCCCACCUGGAACAGGAUGGCUCAUUCAGCGUCUUCCUGGACAACCAGUCCCCCGUGCAGUUACAAGCCGGGCGAUUUCAGGUUUCUGCAGCUGUUCUGCACCCUGAAGGAGCCAUUCCACCAGACCAGCCGGAGACCUGCGCUGUGCUCGACGUCAUGACGGCCGACACGAAGGAAGGGAUGGCCUCUGGCACCCGAGAAUUGGCACAGAGGGACAUGGCUGGGCACUUCUUAGCCAGUGGAAUGUGGGACAGCGGGUCUGACACGAUGGAUGGCCCCUUGGCUUUGCCUCCCGGCUGGUACGACGAUGACACCCUCCACGAGGCCGCCGCCCGCGAGCCGGAAGACGGGCAGCUGGCUGGUGGUUGUGGCAGCAGCGUCCCAUCCGCCAACAGCCAGUGGCUGAAGGACAUCCGGCGGGGCGGCGCUGUCUGCAAGCAGCCCAGCACCGAGAGCGAGCUGUCUGUGCCGGCCAGCUACACCGACGAGACCGGGGAGUGGAUGUGCCCGGGUGCCCGGCUGGCGCUGGAGGGGGGUCAGCGCCCGCACCAGCUCAACAUGGCGUUCUGCAACUCGCCCACCUCCCCCAUGAGCAGCGACGAUGAGUCUGAGGUGGAGGACGAGGACUUGAAACGGGAGCUGCAGAGCCUGAGGGAGAAGCACAUAAAGGAAGUUGUGUACCUCCAGGCCCAGCAAAAUCAGGAGCUCCAGGAGCUUUACAAUCGACUCCACGUGCCCAAGGAGCCGGGUGAGGGCUCCCUGCAGGCCUACUCCCCACCCAGCCGUCGGCAGAGGUCGGCCAGGAACAAACUCCGGAACUCCAAGUCCCACUCUCUGAGCGCCACUCCCAUCGGUACAGGGUCGUUUGGCUACCCAGAUUCCUACAACUCCCAGCAGGCUGCCGGAGCCAAGAAAGGGACCUUCACGGACGACCUGCACAAGCUGGUGGACGACUGGGCCAAGGAGAGGAUCGGAGCCGCCAGUCUGAAGCCCAGCCUGAACGAAAUCCGGCAGAUCCAGAACCGACAGGACCUGGAGAGCCGGCAUCAACUCUGUGACGGAGCUUCCCAACACUGCAACGUGGGUUGGACAGGGACCGGAUUACAAGGCCAGGGGACGCAGCAGGCUGCGCUGCCACCAGGGAUCCCCCCGUCGAAUUCGUUCCCGGGCACCGCUGCCCCUUACGCCCUCCCGAACUUGUGCCAGUACGGUGGGAUGGCCAGAGGGGCGUACCAGACUCAAUGGACCGGGGCGGCGGCUGCAGCGGCGGCGGCGGCGGUGGUGGUGGGCUGCCCUCAGCCUGCUGGGCUGGCCCCCCCACAAGGACUGGCCCAUUGCGUGCAGACAGGCGGCAGCUUUCAGUGCAGCCGAGCUGACUCCGAUGGGAGCCGGGCUGUGUCGUCGCCGUCCUUGCCAAGUGCCUCAGGGAGGGAGGCACUUGAAAAGAUAAGCCUAAAUGGGUGCCGUGGUUCGGAUGUUCUGUCGCCGGAAUCGAAUGGACAAUUCCCCAUUUCCAAGUUGGAACUCUUAUUUCUCGGUUUUUAG